UGCCGAGUGACCGGCGAACCAACCUCCUCUGAAAACCGGCGGCUUGCUAAGUCGCUGACUGCGCAUGCGCCGGGAGAGGGGAAGGGAAGACGACGAAAAGCUUCUCUGUCCGCCGCCGCUCCCUCUCGGUCCUCCCCAACCCGAGGCCGACGCUGCCUGUCGCGUCUCGCGGGCGCCGGCGGGAGUUGGGGCGAGAGGCGGCUGCUAUGUCUGGGGCAGGGGUCGGCCCCUGUGGGGGCUCGGGCCCUGGGGCCUGCGGAGGGCUUGGGGGGGCGGCGCCCUCGGCCUCGUCGCCCAGUGGGGCCGGCGGUGGGCUAUCGAUGUUCCGGUGGCUGGAGGUGCUGGAGAAAGAGUUCGACAAGGCCUUCGUGGACGUGGACCUGCUGCUGGGCGAGAUUGACCCUGAUCAGGCGGACAUCACCUAUGAAGGCAGGCAGAAGAUGACCAGCCUGAGCUCCUGCUUCGCCCAGCUCUGCCACAAGGCUCAGACUGUGUCCCAGAUCAACCACAAGCUCGAGGCACAGCUGGUAGAUUUGAAAUCAGAGCUGACAGAAACACGUGCUGAAAAAGCAGUAUUAGAAAAAGAGGUGCAUGACCAACUGCUACAACUCCAUGCUGUUCAGCUUCAGCUCCAUGCCAAAACUGGUCAGAAUGUUGACUCGGGAGCAAUAAAGGCAAAAUUGUCUGUCCCUUCUGUGGAGGAUAUGGAAAGAGAACUUGAAGCCAACAAGAAAGAGAAAGUGAAAGAAGCUCAACUUGAAGCUGAGGUGAAGCUGCUUAGGAAGGAAAAUGAGGCUCUUCGUCGACAUAUAGCUGUGCUCCAGGCUGAAGUAUAUGGGGCAAGACUUGCAGCCAAAUACUUAGAUAAAGAGCUAGCUGGAAGGGUUCAGCAAAUUCAGUUGCUAGGUAGAGAUAUGAAGGGACCCGCUCAUGAUAAACUUUGGAACCAGCUGGAAGCUGAAAUCCAUCUGCAUCGGCACAAAACUGUGAUCCGAGCAUGCCGAGGCCGUAAUGACCUAAAGCGACCAAUGCAAGCACCCCCAGGACAUGACCCAGAUUCAUUAAAGAAGAGUCAAGGAGUUGGUCCAAUCAGAAAAGUUCUAUUGGUGAAAGAAGAUCAUGAAGGACUGGGCAUUUCAAUUACCGGUGGAAAGGAGCAUGGUGUUCCCAUCCUAAUCUCUGAAAUUCACCCGGGUCAACCUGCUGAUCGAUGUGGAGGGCUGCAUGUUGGAGAUGCAAUUCUGGCAGUAAAUGGAGUUAAUUUGAGGGAUGCCAAGCAUAAAGAAGCCGUAACUAUUCUUUCCCAGCAGAGAGGAGAAAUUGAGUUUGAAGUUGUAUAUGUUGCUCCAGAAGUAGACUCAGAUGAUGAAAACGUAGAAUAUGAGGAUGAGAGUGGACAUCGUUACCGUUUGUAUCUUGAUGAAUUGGAAGAAGGUGGAAAUUCGGUUUCCAGUAGGAAAGACGGCAGCGGGGAUGUCAAAUCUUUGCAAGUGUUUGAAAAGAAAGCAAGUAUUGAUGGCCAUGAAAAUGGAGACCUAGGGAAUUCAGUUGAAACUGAAGAGACUGUAUCUAAACUAGCCCAGUCUGCUGAGAGCUUAACCUAAGAAAACAAACACACAAACAACACAGUCAUCAAUGGGACCGGUCCUUUCUUCAAGAUGCAUUGUGUAGACUGUUCUACAUUCUGAAUGCCACAGACAGUUUUAAAGAAGAACUAUUUAAAAGGAAAAAGGAAGCUGUGUUACUGUUGCCUGGAAAAAAAAACUUCUGUAGAUUACCUCAGGGCUUCAUUAUAAGCAAAUCUAAACAAAUGUAAAUCUCCCAUUUUUUCCCUAAGAACGUGCAUGUCCAGAGAAUUUCCCUUGGAAUGUAAGCACCAAAGCAUGUUGUUUCCAAAGGCUUUUCUUAAAGUCAAUUUUGGAUUUUCUUUGUGUAAAAGGUGUGGAACGAGGCAGAGAAAUUUUGACAAAUGGUUCCUUAGACAAUUAGGGAAAGGAGAGAAUUGGCCUCCUUUUUGUAGUGAAACUGUCAUAUAUAAGGAGGACAUAAAUUCAGCUUGGACUCAUGAACUUUCCUACUUAAUUGUUUAAAAGUGCAUCUUGUAAAAAAGUGAACAGCAAAAUGUCUCUUCAGAUUUUCACAGUAUACAGUUUUGCUUUAAAACAUACACAUGCAAGCCACUUAGGCUGUUAAAUAUUUAUUGUGAAGUUUAAUGUACGAAUUGGGUCUCACUGAUUCUUUUAUUCAUAUCUAUCAGCAUUAUUUAAUGCAGUAUAUAUCUUACGUUUUCCUGUAAACUUCCUUGCCAAUCAAUGCUGGAUUAGAAAUAUUCUCCAAAGGUAUUCAACAAAAUACUGUUAGUUUUCAAAUGCAAAAUUAGUAUAAAACUGGCCUUUUGAAAUUGUCUGCCCUUGAGUGUUUUAUGUUAGCCUCAUACAUUUUUUACCAUUGUGUGUGUGUACCAUUAUGCCUGAGUUUAGUCAGGGUGGAUUCAGAUGACUGAUAUUUCUAUUACACAAUGGUUUACACAGAAGUAUCUCUGUGAUACUGGGCUGUCUGAAGGGACCCAAUUUCCAGCAGAUUUUUAAUUCUGCUGUGUAUUUGGUACUAUGCAAAAAAUCUCCCUUCUUCAAAGCAUGAUAGUACAAGAGUCCAUUGAGCACUGCUUCUCUUCAGACACCUCAGUUUCUCAUAAGUCCCAUCUGCAUUAUGAUGACUGCAAAGGUUUCUGUGCCAUAGUGUUUGGGGUGGAUGGAAUGGCCUUCUGAAUGCAUUCUUAGUAAUCACAUUUUUAGAACUUUUAGAAGGCAUGAUCCUGUGUGAGGUGUUAAAUAAACACGUGUUAAACUUGGAGCUAAGCAGUUAUGAGAUUGUUACAACUCAUCUCUGGGUUAUUGCUUGCCAUGAUAUGGUUCUACUUGCCUUUUAAAGAUUUCUGGCAGAGUGGCAACACAAAGCAAAAUGUCCACUUAACACAGUUCUUUAAAACUCCCUGAUGUAAAGAUGUAUUUUGAGAGUGGAAAUAAUGUAAAAUUACUGCUUUGCCACAUGGAAUUCCAAUACUCUGAGGCUCCAGAUACAUAGAAAGGUAUUCUCCCCAACUCUGGAAAGCAGAGCUUGUCAACAGUUGUUUCACUAUGUGGCGGAAGGUUAAAACUGUUGUGGGAACUGUUUUGAAGCCAUGGCUAUGUAGCAGACAUUAUUGUUUCCAACUAUAGAUUAAUACUUACCAUGUCCAUGCUAUGCGAUGCUAAGAGAGUUGUGCAAAUUGUCCCUAAGUAAGUUGGAGCUGAGUGCAUCCUGUAUUUUGCUGGGAGGCCAUUCAGGAUUGGGAACCCAAUUUGUUAUAGUAUAGCAACCCUAGUGCUUUAUAGAAAUACUACUUUUAUUUUUUUAACAAUGUUAAUUCAGAAUAACACAUAAUGGAUGGGAUAUACAUCUGAAGGCCCAAGGCAUUUUUAAGCUAUAGCUAUAUUAAGGACAGCUGUCUUGGUUAGGUUCUGUGGUGUGUGUGUGUAUAUAUAUAUAUAUAUGUAUAUGUAUAUGUAUAUGUAUAUGUAUAUGUAUAUGUAUAUGUAUUAUUAAAACACACACCCUCCAUAUAUCAAUUGUUUAAAACCAUGUUAUUAUUUUAUUUUAUUAUUAUUAUUUUAUUAUUAUAGGAAAAAAGCAUGAAAUGCCUGCUCUCCCUUUCACUGUCUGCAGGCCAUUAAAUUGUAUUGUGUAAAGAUGUAUUUUGAGAGUGGAAAUAAUGUAAAAUUACUGCUUUGCCAGUGUUUUUUCUAUCGAAUGUACAUAAAUGGAGAAAGUCAAAGGCCUUUCAAGUAAUGUCAGUUAACCUAAUGUUAAAAAGUUGUGUUGUAGAACACAUUUAAAUGUGUCUCUUCUAGGUGCACUAUAUAUAUGUUUAUAGAGAGAUCUUUAAAAUGUAAAUACUUUAUGCAAAGAUUUUUGCUAUUUAUAAAUUCUUUUAACAGUUGCUUAUACAGUAAGGUUUUGUGUGUAUCAUUCAGUUAAUUGACCCACUGUGUUUAAUUUGCAGUACAUUUUAUAGAUGCUUCUUUAAUACUGUAUAUUAAGAACAUUAAAGUAAUCUUAAACCUUAAUAAUGCCUCCAAAAACAGUCCAGUAUUUAAAGCAAUCUCUGAAUUCAGAAAGAAUGUGUUGUUGUUUAUGAAUGUAGCUAUUCUUGAAAUCUGAUGCUCCUUGCUGCCUCUGCCUCCCAUAAUUUCCAUGUGCUAUUUUGGGUGGCUAUAUUUGGGUGUCUAUAUAUACCUGAACUCUGGUGUUUUGUGACAGUUUUUUAAAGUAAGGUUUUUAUAUCUGUGUCUUCUGAGUUUGGCGAACACAAUAUGAUAUUGUUGGCUGGCCCCACAUAGAUUUAGCUGUCCACAUAGGGGUCAGCCCU